UCUGUGCAUGGGGACAUUUGAUCGCAUGGUGUCAGUGUAAUAUCAUUAUUCAGCACCACACAUGGUUGUCGUCACUCCUUUGUGGUUCCUCCUUUUGGUAACGUUCUCACAUCGAUAUUAGCACAGCCCCGUCUGGUCAUAUUGCUGUCUUUGUUGAAAUUUGGAAUGCUGUCGUUGUUGCCUGUAUAUAGGGACAGGGAAUAUUCACGGUGAGGAUUGUCUUGGAUUUUGUUUUUAUAACGUAGAUAUUGUCUCUGUGAUGGAUUGCUGAUGAUGUCGGAUUUAACUAUGGAACAAAGAAGAUACAAGCCACGAAGGGGGCGACGAUAUUUGGUCGGCUGGGUUGUUGCUGCGUUUUUGUGGACAGUGGCUUCAGCGCAAUUAAGAUAUUCCAUCUCAGAGGAAGUAAAUGAAGGAACUGUGGUUGGAAACAUAGCGAGAGAUCUGGGAUUAGAUAAAAGCACUCUGAAAGACAGAAAGUAUCGGAUUGUUUCAAGUGAUGCGGAUCCUCUGUUCCAUGUGAAUCACAACGAUGGCGUCCUGUAUGUGAGCAGGAAGAUCGACAGAGAAGAGGUGUGCGCGCAGAGCAGUACGUGUGUUAUAAAUGUCAAAACUGUGUUGGAAAAUCCACUGGAGGUUCAUUAUGUUGAAGUAGAAGUUCUGGAUAUAAAUGAUCAUUCUCCUAUGUUUCCAGAGAAAGAGAAAACAUUGGAGAUUUCAGAAUCUGUGUUACCCGGAGCACGAUUUCAGCUGAAAGCUUCACGGGAUCGAGACAGUGGUCCAUUCUCUGUGCAGCAAUACAAACUGAGUCAAAACGGUCAUUUUCGCUUGGAAGUUAAGGAAAAACGAGACGAAGGCAAAAUACCUAUAUUGGUUGUUCAAAAAUCUUUAGACAGAGAAACUGCAGGAAGCCAUUCACUAACACUGACGGCCCUGGACGGAGGUAAACCUCCGAAAUCUGGUAACAUGAAUAUUGUAAUCAAAGUUUUGGAUAUAAAUGACAAUGCACCCGUUUUCUCUAAAGAUGAUUAUUCAGUGACCCUCAGUGAAAAUGCUCCAGUAGGCACAACAGUCAUACAAGUAAAUGCAACUGACUUGGAUGUAGGACCAAACGGAGAGGUAGUUUAUUCGUUCAGCAAGAGUACCAAUCAAAACAUAUUAAAUCUAUUUGAUAUCAGUCCACUAACAGGAGUGUUAACCAUUACAGGAUUAAUAGACUAUGAAGAGAAAGAUGGAUAUGAAAUUGAAAUUGAGGCAUCAGAUAAGGGUUUUGCUCCUCUUACAACUGAAAAAAGUGUGAAUAUUAAGAUAGUCGAUGUGAAUGAUAAUGCUCCUGAGAUUGAAGUUACCUCAUUUUCUAGCUCCAUCCCUGAAGAUUCCAGACCUGGAACUACUGUUGCUCUUAUUAGUGUCAGUGAUUUAGACUCUGGUCUCAAUGGAAAGGUUAUUUGUACAGUAAAUGAAGAUGUUCCAUUCACUUUAUCACCAUCCUUAAAAGACAAAAUGUUUGCAUUAGUCACCAAAUCUCCUCUGGACAGAGAGAAACAGUCACAUUAUGACCUGACAAUAACUGCAAAAGAUGCAGGUCAACCUUCACUAUCAUCUGAAAAAACAAUCAGUGUUGUGGUGUCAGAUGUGAAUGACAACAGUCCAGAGUUUUCACUCAGUCCAUAUACUUUCUAUGUCGCUGAGGGGAAUGAUCCAGGAGCCUCAGUGUUUUCUGUUAAAGCUUCUGAUCGUGAUGAGAAUGAAAAUGCUGUCAUAUCCUAUCAUAUUGUCAGAGAUGGAAGUGAAGAUAAUAAAGUCACUUCAUUUCUUAACAUAAACUCUGAAAAUGGACACAUCACUGCUCUUAAGAGUUUUGACUUUGAAACGCUAAAAACGUUUCAGUUCCAAGUUGUUGCCACAGAUUCUGGAGCUCCGUCUCUCAGCACCAACGUCACAGUCAACGUGUUCAUUCUGGAUCAGAACGACAACGCUCCAGUCAUCCUGUAUCCACUCAGCUCCAACGGAUCUGCUGAAGGUGUGGAGGAGAUUCCCCGAAAUGUCAACGCAGGACACUUGGUCACAAAAGUCAGAGCCUAUGACGCUGAUAUAGGAUAUAACGGCUGGUUGCUCUUCUCACUGCAGGAACUCACUGACCACAGUCUCUUUGCUUUGGACCGAUAUACAGGACAGAUCAGAACACUUCGCUCAUUCACAGAGACAGACGAGGCUGAACACAAACUGGUCAUACUGGUCAAAGACAACGGAAACGUUUCACUCUCAGUAACAGCUACUGUCAUUGUCAAACUUGUGGAGCCCAAAGAGGCUUUUGCAGCAUCUGAUGUCAAAAGUGCAGCAAAAGUAGAUGAAGAUUAUAAUGUGACAUUUUAUCUGAUGAUUACUUUGGGAUCAGUUUCUGUGCUUUUUCUCAUCAGCAUCAUUGUGCUGAUUGCAAUGCAGUGCUCCAAAUCCACAGACUAUACUUCCAAAUAUCUUCAAGAGACUAAUUAUGAUGGGACACUGUGUCACAGCAUCCAGUACAGAUCUGGAGACAAACGCUACAUGUUAGUUGGACCCAGAAUGAGUAUAGGAUCUACUAUAGUUCCUGGAAGUCAUGCAAACACUCUAGUGCUCCCUGACAGGAGGAGGGCAUCUGAAGAGGUAAGGCUAAUCUAAACAAUCUUUCUUUAAUUGAACCAUUUGCAUUCAUUUUUAAGCAUCAAGCACAUGCAAGUAUAUUUUGCUCCAACCAAUGUGUUUAUCAGCAAUACAAAAAGCAAACCAGACUAUAUCUCUCCAAAAGACAAUAUCUGGAACAUUUUAAAGUUCCUUUGCCAACUUAUCUUGAAAGUCUUUAAAGUGUUUUCACUGUCCACAUUUUGAUUUUUUACCACGUGAACUCAACUAUAAAG